CUAUUCUUUACUUUAUUUAAUCUUUAGAGCAUAGCAUUAAAUUUCCUUUAAAGUCCACACACUCCUUGUCAAGUGUUUUAUUCCGAGAUUAUUUAGUUUUUAGGAAUUUGUUGUUCGCAUUAUAUUUUUGUGUGAAAGUUGCACCAUGCAAUGCCGGAAAAAGUCGAACGUAUUCUUUAUCGACGAUGUGAACAGCUGCAUGGCUGGUUUGAAGUCAGCAACUAAAGAAGCAUUAGAAUUGGGUGCCAAGACGCCGGAAACCUAUGAAAGACACCGACAUGUUUCCAAAAAGAUAGUCAAUUUCCGGUCGUUAUCCUCGAAACAAUAUCCUGAAAUGGCGGCUUCCGGAAUACCACCCCCGAAAGUAGACCAUCCGACUUCUGUUUACUCCCAUGACUACUCCUGUCACCUUAGGCGAAAGAUGAAGCCUCCCUGCAAGGUAGAGGAUGUUCUGCCAGACCCAGAAUUCUGUCGACGUCCCAUCAACGUGUUCUAUAUGCUUCCUUCAAGCAGGUUCAAAUUUAUGGACGACCACCUAAAAACCGAGCUUGUUCCAGAAGAUCGAAAAAAGAUAGACUUUUUCCGUCAAAUAAGGAAUCAAUCCUUAUUAAUUCAAUAAGAAGAAGGAGCAGCUUUUGAGGGAUCAUUUGGCAACAGUAUUCUAUCCUAUAUCAUUCUAAUGAAUUGGUUAAAAUGGUAGUUACAAAAUAUUCGUAUACCUUUAAAGAAGAUUUUGUGGCUUUCAUUUUAAACAAUUUAGUUAGAAAAAAAAUUUGUACAAAAAUGUAUUUGUUAAAUAAAGGAAUAAAGAAAAACUAUUGCUCAUGUA